GAGGAACAGCACAUCAUCCUUACUCACCGUACGAAACAAGUCAUAACUAUCCCGUGUUUAGUUUGACAGAGUUCUGUGGAGCAGGCAGGAGAAGACAACAGAAUUUGCCUCCCACUCCUCCAUGAGUGUUGAGAAUUCAUCAGUGUACAGAUCGGAGCGUAGUUUUCACCAGACCUCUUCCUCUUCUGCUACUGGGGACCCGGGCAUGGACAAGAACCGGGGGCUGUUUGCGGAGGACUUUGGCUCCUUCAUGAGGCCUGGGAGCGACGCCUUCUCUGGUGGUGCUGGAAACAUCAAGACUCUGGGAGACUCAUAUCAAUUCACUGUGGAUGUGCGGGACUUCUCUCCAGAGGACGUUAUCGUCACCACGUCCAACAACCAGAUUGAAGUGCGUGCAGAGAAGCUGGCCCAGGACGGCUCAGUCAUGAACACUUUCACCCACAAGUGCCAGCUCCCUGAGGAUGUGGACCCCACCUCAGUGACGUCAUCUCUGGGGGCUGAGGGGACACUCACAGUGAGGGCCCGGAGACAAGCAGCCAAACACGAACAUGCACAGACCUACCGCACAGAGAUCAAGAUAUGAACACAGACUCAUGACCCAAUGUUAUUUUGUACUGGAUGUUUGUUUUGUCUCCUUCACGCUACUGAACCCUGCACUACAGAGCCCUUGUCCCCUCCACCACCAUGAUUCAUACUCAUGUUCUGAAGUAGUAGGGUGUGCGCAGAUCACUGGGUUUGUUUUUUACUUAUUUAUUUCUUUCAGCUACAUAUUGAUUGAAUUAGAUUCAUGACUGAUGUCUCUCAAGUGCUGCUAAUGCCCUUUGUCCUACAUGAAAUCAUACUGAAUAACUUUACAUAAACAUAGCACUUAGAAUCAGAUCUUACUUCUUUUAAGGUCACAGAGUCUGCAUGUUUUCCUUGUAUCUGGAUACACUCUAGGUCCUCAAUAUGACACAAAAAAGACAAUAUAUUCCUGACCAGAUUUUUUUGUGAAAUUG